AUGGUGCUUUCUUGGUUGCUUAAUUCUAUUUCUAAAGAGAUUGCUACUAGUGUCAUUUAUGUCGAUUCUGCCAUGGAGAUGUGGUAUGAUCUCAAAGAGAGGUUUUCUCAAGGCAAUGGUCCUCAAAUUUUCCAAUUACAAAAGUCCAUCGCAUCUCUUACACAGGAUGAUCUUUUUGCUAGUGUGUAUUUUACUCAGAUGAAAGGACUUUGGGAUGAAUUGAUGAAUUAUCGUCCUCUGCCUGAGUAUGUCAUGCGUUUUCUGAUGGGAUUAAAUGAUUCCUAUUCGCAUGUUAGAGGUCAGAUCAUUCUCAUUGAUCCUUUGCCUCCUAUGAACAAAGUUUUUUCUCUAGUCCUUCAAGAAGAACGACAGCAUGAUAUUGGAUCUGUUUUGGUUCCAAGCAUACCUUCUGCUACCUUUUCUUCCUCUACCAAACCUGUUCAUAUGGUCGAACCACCCACUCGCAGACCUAUUUGCUCUCAUUGUUCCAUUCCAGGGCACACUGUGGAGAAAUGUUUUAAGUUGCAUGGAUAUCCUCAUGGAUAUUGA